GCUGGCCGCGCGGGCCGGCGGGCAGCGGCGGCGCCCGGAGCCGGGCGGAGGGCGAGGCCGGCGGGGACGGCGGGAGCCGCCCGCCCGACCGCGAGCCCCGAGUCGGUAGAUGGGGCUGCGCGGCGCCCGCGGCUGAGGAGAGGAGCGGCGGCGCGGAGGCGGCCGAGGUGCGAGCCGAAAUGCAGCAAGUUUUGGAAAACCUUACGGAGCUGCCCUCAUCUACAGGAGCAGAAGAAAUAGACCUGAUUUUUCUCAAAGGGAUUAUGGAGAAUCCUAUUGUGAAGUCACUUGCUAAGGCUCAUGAGAGGCUUGAAGAUUCAAAAUUAGAAGCUGUCAGUGACAAUAACUUGGAAUUAGUAAAUGAAAUUCUUGAAGACAUCAGUCCUCUAAUAAGUGUGGAUGAAAAUGUGGCAGAACUGGUUGGAAUACUCAAGGAACCUCACUUCCAGUCGCUCCUGGAGGCCCAUGAUAUUGUGGCAUCAAAGUGUUACGAUUCGCCUCCCUCAAGCCCAGAAAUGAAUAAUUCUUCUCUCAAUAAUCAGUUACUGCCAGUAGAUGCCAUCCGUAUUCUUGGUAUUCACAAAAGAGCUGGAGAGCCAUUGGGUGUAACAUUUAGAGUUGAAAAUAAUGAUCUGGUAAUCGCCCGAAUCCUUCAUGGAGGAAUGAUAGAUCGACAAGGUCUGCUUCAUGUGGGAGAUAUCAUUAAGGAAGUCAAUGGCCAUGAGGUUGGAAACAAUCCAAAGGAAUUACAAGAGUUACUGAAAAAUAUUAGUGGAAGUGUCACCUUAAAAAUUUUACCAAGUUAUAGAGAUACUAUUACUCCUCAACAGAGUUACACCAAUAUGGAGAGGCAUCCAGCCCACAUCCGUCAGGUAUUUGUCAAAUGUCAUUUUGAUUAUAAUCCAUUCAAUGAUAACCUGAUACCCUGCAAAGAAGCGGGACUGAAGUUUUCCAAAGGAGAAAUUCUUCAGAUUGUGAACAGAGAAGACCCAAACUGGUGGCAGGCUAGCCAUGUGAAAGAGGGAGGAAGUGCUGGUCUGAUCCCAAGCCAGUUCCUGGAAGAGAAGAGAAAGGCAUUUGUUCGCAGAGACUGGGACAAUUCAGGACCCUUUUGUGGAACUAUAAGCAACAAAAAAAAGAAGAAGAUGAUGUACCUCACAACCAGGAAUGCAGAGUUUGAUCGUCAUGAAAUUCAGAUCUAUGAGGAAGUAGCAAAAAUGCCACCCUUCCAGCGAAAAACAUUAGUGUUGAUAGGAGCUCAAGGUGUGGGCAGAAGAAGCUUGAAAAACAGGUUCAUAGUGCUGAAUCCUGCCAGAUUUGGAACAACAGUACCAUUUACUUCACGGAAGCCAAGAGAAGAUGAAAAAGAUGGUCAGGCAUAUAAAUUUGUGUCCCGAUCAGAGAUGGAAGCAGAUAUUAAAGCUGGAAAGUAUUUGGAGCAUGGGGAAUAUGAAGGAAAUCUCUAUGGAACUAAGAUUGACUCUAUUCUUGAAGUUGUACAAACUGGACGGACUUGCAUUUUGGAUGUCAACCCACAAGCAUUGAAAGUAUUGAGGACAUCUGAGUUCAUGCCUUAUGUGGUAUUUAUUGCUGCUCCGGAGCUAGAGACCCUGCGUGCCAUGCACAAGGCUGUGGUGGAUGCUGGAAUCACCACCAAGCUUUUGACGGACUCUGAUUUGAAGAAAACAGUGGAUGAAAGUGCACGAAUUCAGAGAGCAUACAACCACUACUUUGAUUUGAUCAUCAUAAAUGACAAUCUAGACAAAGCCUUUGAGAAACUACAAACUGCCAUUGAGAAACUAAGAAUGGAGCCACAGUGGGUCCCUAUUAGCUGGGUGUACUGAUGAUUCAAUAAGGCUAACAGUUAAAUAAAACUUUUAAAAAGUGA